AUUCUGGAAUAUAUGGUGUUCCAUUAAACAUGAAAUCAUAGAAAUCUUCUUUGAACUUUGAUUUGAUCUCAAAAUUCAUCUUUAUCUAUUCUCCAGACUACUGCAGAUGAUCAGAAAAGCUGGAGUCUCCAUCACCGUGACGUCUGUAACUGAUCUUUUUGCUUUCUUCACGGGAUCACUUACAUUACUCCCCUGUGUCAGAUCAUUCUCAAUAGUGUCUGCAAUAGGAGUUCUUUUCUUGUACUUUCUCUCCAGUACUUUUCUUAUAGCUUGUAUCAGCAUUGAAACCUCAAAGGAGGAAGAGAAGAAGGAGGAAAGGCAGUGUUGUUGUUUGAGUCCUGCUCCUGGUUCUACUGACAACUGUACUGCAAGUGGUUCUACUGACAUCUGUACUGCUAGUGGUUCUACAGACAACUGUACUGCUAGUGGUUCUACUCAAGAUUCUACUGAAGAUUCUACGGAGAGCUGUAGCUUCAGUUUGGAUAUGAGGAGUGAGGUUGGAUACCUCCUCACUGAGAGUAUUAUCUUCAAGCUGGCGGUUAUCUGCUUAGCUGGAGGGGUUUUAGGGGUCAGUGUUUGGGGGUCAACCAUGCUCAGGGAUGAUUUUGACCCAGGUGUAUUUAUCCCCAAGGACUCCUAUCUAGGAUUGUUCUACGAGGCUGAAAGGGAAUAUUUUCCUGAGGUUGGGGAUACAGUGGUUCUAUACUUUGCUAACGUUAAUCAUACACAGGAAUUUGUUAGAAUCCGUAAUCUGCUCCUAACUCUAGAGAAGGAGAAACACAUUGCUUUCCUUGAUAAUUGGACUGAGGACUUCAUGAGUUACCUUAAUCAUUAUGUUUUCAAGAAAUCCGGAACUACAUUUAUAGACACAGAGUCCUAUGACAAGUUGUUGAAAAAUGGAACCUUCUUCCAGGAGAAACUUAUCCAGUUCCUUUACUCUAUCAAAGGCUCCCCACGCAGAAGUGUUUUCAAAAAUUUUGACACAAUGGAUGUCAGCUGUGGUGGUUCAGAUACAGUCUUGUUCAGUAACCUCAGAUAUAGACAUGUUCAGUUAGGAGACUCUGAGGAAAGAAUGAAAGCAAUGAUGGCAGUUAAAGAUCUCAUUAAUGCAUCAAAUAUUCAAGGUCACGUGUUUACCAUGUCACGUGAUUAUGCAAAUCUGGAGACGGAGCAAGUGGUGAAAGCAGAGAUAUUCAGAAACAUGACAUUAGUGUUCCUCUGUGUUCUCAUCAUCUCCCUGUUCCUGCUGGCAGACCUCAUCACCUCGUUCCUAGUCGUCUUCACUGUCAUACUCACCCUUGUCAAUAUCAUGGGAUUUAUGCAUUUUCUGGGACUAACUCUAACCGGGUUUACUUGUUUAAUGCUCAUACUCUCAUGUGGACUCUCAAUAGAUUUUGCUGCUCAUGUUGCUCAUGGAUACAUAACCUCCUCAGCUGAGACUAGAAAAGAACGAGUUUUUCAGACAAUAAAGGAAUGUGGUCCAGCCAUCUUUCAUGGGGGAUUUUCAACUUUUGUUGUCUUCCUUCCACUAGCAGCUUCUCAGGGAUACGUUUGUAUGAUGAUUUUUCAAAUCAUGACAAUGACUGUUUGGUUUGGCCUCUUCAAUGGCCUAGUGUUAUUACCAACCCUUCUCAGUCUCAUUGGUCCAGUUUCUGGGGUCAAAUCAAAACAAAAUGACGUCACACUGACUGGUCCUGUCACCGGAAUUCAAGAGGGAUAUACUGUUGACUGACGAGAAUAUUAAAUCGAAAUAUGUUUUAGAAACAGUUUUAUAAAUGUUAGGAUAAUUAAUGGAUUCAGAAAAAAAGCAGAUUUAGGAUAAUUGAUCGCAGAAAAAUUGUAAAUCUGACUUUUUUUGUGACGAUCUUGUUUAAAAAUAAUUUGUUGUUAGACUUAUUUUAGUAAAAU